UCGGGGUUCGGUCAUGCAACAGUAUUGGAAAUAUGUCUUGUGACAAGCGCGGUUAUAUAACGUUAUCGCUAUCAGCCCCAAGGGGAUCUGAAGUCCAACACCCACGCGCGCUGUUUUUAUUGGCUGAGCGGUCAGUGCACGGGAAAACUGACUCUCUUAGAACUCGGCGACCUGCGAAUCUGGAAGCGAUUCUCAUCUUUGGUUAUCAACAACACACGUGGAAAAUAAACUAAUAGGAGAAAAACUGAACUCUUCACUCUUCUUCGAGUUUAAUCGAAAGUGAUUUUUUCUUAUUUUCUGAGAUUCUGACAAGACAUUACAUUACAUGCAUUUUGGUGUCUGCAAAAACGCAUACUUUACAUACGAUAUAUACAUUAGUUUAGUAGGGGAGCUGGAAUCUGUGAAAAAUGUUCUGCGUAAAAUACAUCUGAUAAACAAAUUAAUCAGGAAUUGGGAGCACGGGUUAAUAGUUAUGACAUUCAACAUAUUGAAGUUAUCAGAAAGUACUGUGAAAUUAAUAUCAUCAUUAUUGAAGGUACGAGAGAAAUAACACUACAAGAUUGAGGAAGCGAUAGAUGUGCGAUGACAAUGUUUUUCAGAGACUGAAAUGGGAAGUGAUCCUACUGACAUUACAAAAGCGAACGGGAACGGAGCUGAGUGAAUAUUUGGAGUAAAAACUCUCGGUAGACCUUAACACUCACAUUUCACUGUGUAUCAUAAUAAAAUGGUUUUAUAUGACAAAAGUGUAAUUACGCUCCAAUCUUGGUUACUUUGUUUCAACGAAUAUUGCCAAGGCAACGAUGGUGCUUCUGUCACGAUCUUGAGUUACAGUUAAUUACUUGCAAAGAGUCAGUGGUCAUCUCCGUUGUCAUCAAGUUUAGCUGCAUCAUUUCUGUUGAGAAGUGCGGCAGGAACAUCCAACAGACAUGUCUGAGGAUGACUUUACACAGUAUGGGAUCUACAAAGCUGGAAUUCUUAUAUGGAAGGUCGUCCCGCCAAUACUGAUCAUGUUUGGGACUGUAGGGAACAGUCUUACAAUUGUCGUGCUUACCCGGAAGUCCAUCCGGGCGUCCACUACGGCACUGUUUUUGACGGUUCUUGCGUUUUCAGACUUGAUAGUGUUGUAUUCCGGACUUCUACGGCAGUGGCUGAUCUAUCUUUUCACGACGGACGUGCGGCACGUGAGCGAGGCGGGAUGUAAGAUAAACAUGUGGCUAGUUUACAGUUCCUUAGAUUUUUCGGCCUGGAUUUUGAUAGCAGUUACAUUAGAGCGAGUCAUUUCAGCUUGGUUUCCCCACAACGCAAAAACUAUAUGUACGAAAAAAAGUGCGAUAGCGUUCCUCAUAGCUAUCUGUGGGUUUAUAUUAGCACUAAACGCACAUAUACUUUAUGGGAUGGUUUACAAAAUUCAUUUCGAUAAAAGCGGUGUUCCAGAACUUAAAAAGUGCCUGGAGGUCAACGACGCUUAUUAUUCAUUCUUCAACAAAGUUUGGCCAUGGAUAGACCUUUGUGCCUUUUGUGUAAUUCCAUUUUUUGUGAUCGUUAUUGGUAACGGUUUGAUUUUAUUUAAAGUCCUAAAAAGCCAGCGCAAGGCCAAAUCUGCAGUGGUGCCUUCAGUAUCAGCGGGUGCGCGGGCGAGGAGUGGACCAUCCGGCGCUCAAGGGAAGCAUCCGUCCAUGACGGCCAUGUUGUUCACGCUGAAUGUAGUGUUCCUGGUCAGCACGAGCCCUGUGAGCAUCUAUAACAUCGGCUACGCUUACUGGAUUUCGGGCGCGUCCCCGCACCGUGUGGCACAGCUCGACUUCUGGUGGGCCGUCGUCAACAUGUUUAUGUACACAAACAACUCUCUUAACUUUCUCCUCUAUUGUCUUAGCGGAACCAAGUUCCGGAGAGAGGUUGUCAAAAUGUUCAGAUCAAAACCUAACGCUGUGAACGCGGAGGGUAAUUUAGGGCACAGUCACACGAGAACGAGGUUCGCUGAGACCGCAACACCAGAGCCCUCACGCUCCCGGUCGGCCAGUAAUUCACCAAAUACAAAUUCCGCAAGACUUUCUAACAUUUCCACAAAACAAAACGUUCCUCAUGCGAACGGCAGCGACAAAAAAGGCGCAUUGCCCAACAGCCUUCAUCCUAGCAUGGCACUGACCAUGACAAAACACAGCCCUGAGACAGAGAACUGGGCGGGGCGUGGUGAUGGCGAGACACCACUCGCGAUUUCACAUGUGUGAAUUAUUGUUUUUGUUUGUUUUGUUUUUCAAGUUUCAUCAAAAUUCACAACGAUAUUAUAUUAAAAAUAAAAAAAAGUUAUAUCUGA